AUGAGUUUGUUAACAUCAUUAGCACCAACAUCAACACUUUCAAAUAAUCUUAUUAUCUAUUCAUCUGGAUCAAUACCAAUUAUUGCAAAAGAGCUUAAUUUAAAACAAACAUUAUUAGGUGGACAAUCAUUUCGAUGGAUCGAACACAAUCUAAAUGAAUUCGUUGGUGUUCUCGGUCAAUAUGUAGUUCGUUUACAACAUCAAAAUGAUAAUCUUCGUUAUACAUUUUUUACAAAUAGUGAAUAUGGAAAAACAUUCUCCAAUGAUAAUGAUCGUCGUGUCGAAACAGCACUUAUUUUACAUAAUUAUUUUCAAUUAACAAUAAAACUUUGUGAAACAUUUGAAAAAUGGUGUAAACUAGAUACUAGAUUUCGAAAAGGACAAAUACCAAGUGGUAUACGCAUUUUAGAACAAGAUCCACUUGAAAAUUUAAUAUCGUUUCUAUGUUCAAGUAAUAAUAAUAUUCAACGUAUAUCAAAAAUGAUUAAAAUACUAUGUGAAGAAUAUGGGAGAAAAAUUGGAACAUUGAAUGGAAUGACUUAUUAUCAAUUUCCAACUUUGGAUGAACUUGAUAGAUCAGAUCUUGAAAUACGUUUACGUGACUUAAAUUUUGGUUAUCGGGCACGAUAUAUUAAAGAAGCAGUUAAAUUUCUUAAAUAUACAGCUGAUGGUGGUAUGUUAUUUUUUGGUCGAUUGAAAGCAUUAUCAACUAGCGAAGCUCGUAAUCAAUUGGCAAACAUAAUGGGUGUUAGUCGUAAAAUUGCUGAUUGUGUUCUUUUGAUGUCUCUUGGUAAACAAGACGUAGUACCGAUUGAUACACAUAUGUAUACAUUUGCUAUGACUUAUUAUGAAUUGAAUAAUGAAAAUACAAAAAAACAAACUUUAAAUACACCUAAUUAUAAUGAUAUAUCAUCUUUUUUUGAACAACUUUGGCAGCCAUUAUCGGGCUGGGCUCAAGCUGCUGCAUUGUCUAAUGAACUUUAUUCAUCAACUAAUCCACGGCAUAGUCUCCAGUCAUCUGUGUCGUCCUUAAAACGUUCAAUAAGUAAUGAUAUUCUCUCGGAAAAAUUAUUUAAAGCCAUCGAUGAAAAUAAUCAAUGUCAGCCAAUAAAGAUAACUAUUAAACGUGGUCAAUUAAAUCAAAAAAAGAUAUUAACCAUUCAACCAACAAAAGAAACAUCAAAACGACCUAGACGCAAUGUGAAACCGAUCGUUCGCUUUUAA